GCCCGCUUCCCUCCAGCUUCAUGACCGGCCACUCCCUCCCCACACUUUAUCGUAAAUAUCGCCGCCGUCCGGAACACAUCUCUAGCUGAACCGCAGCAUCACUAGCAAAUCCGCACACACCUGCGCGCUCACCACAAUGUCAGGCCCGGACCGACCGCCGGAGCCUUCGGUGCCCACCACGGCGCUCAAGCGCAAGCGCUUUUCCAACGAAGAUCAGAAAGAACUCGACAAAUUGGACGGCGUCUUCAAACGCAUCAAGACGGCUGUCCCCCGCGCCCCCUAUAUUCUCUCGACGCCGUCACUCGAUCCGUACAAGUACCAUUCGCGACACGAGGCGCGGGCCUGGAUGAUGGGACACCUCUUUGAGCCGCACGAGGAGCUUCUCCAGUACCGCACCUACCUCUUCCGCGAGCCGUACCAAGACUGCUUCACCCUGCAGCAUGGAGAGGACGAUGAGCUCGACGCGCCGCGACCAAAGUCCCAGGCCUCGAAUACGACCAAUCAGCCACCGAAGAAGAAGAUUAGUCUCUCGGACUACAAGUCAAAGCAAGCCAAUGGCCUCAUCACUCCCGGCUCUAAGAAGGUCUCACCCAAUCUGCCCGCGACCAAGGCAACUUCCGCUCAGACCAAUGGCGUGAAGGCCGUGGAGAAACGACCUCCGCCAGCACAGCCAAAGCCAGAGACCAAGCCUCAGAAGCGGCCCGCAACAGAGUCACUCGCACCCGAGAAGCCAGAGAAGCGCGCUCGGGAGGAGCGACCUUCUGCAGCACCGGCAGCACCGCCUCCGAAGGCUGAGCCUGUUGACUCCAAGAUCAACCUGGAUAAGUCUGGCGCGUCAAAUGCGACUCCACAUGGUCUCCCGCCGCUGUUGUCGCCUGUCGACCAGCCGCUGAGCAAUCCGUACGGGCUUCCAGCUAUCCUUUCUCCUACUCUGCCCUCCAAUAUUCAGGCCGAGCUCGACAAGAUUGAAACUCAGCGCAAGCGUGCUGUGUCCGAUGCCUCCACGUCAUCCUCCGACCGCAAGAGCCAAUUGCUCUCUGUCCCUGAGCCUCGCGCCCCGAAGCAGGGAGAGGGUACCAAGAGUGGAUCUCGUGAGCGCUCAGUGUCCCUAAAUGAGAAAUCUCCGUCAGGCGUUAUUGUGAACCGCACCGAAAAUCCCAAGCCCAGCUUGAUCGUCAAGUUGAAGUACACGAAGAAGUCGCGAGAGACUAUCAAGCGGCUCUUGAACCUUCCGCCUAAGAGAGAAGGCGCAGGCGACAGGAAAGAGCGUGAAGAAACCGUGAAAGAUCGCGCACUAGACACGCGAUCGAGAGGGACGGAUGGUAUUGCAAGUCAGACUAAGAAGCCAACACCGAAAGUCGCUGCGCGUCGACCCGAGUCAUCUACACCAAGCUCUAAAGCACCCGUUGCCCCCACAAAAGUAACAGAAAAGCGCCCACGAAGUGAGGAUGAUGCAUCUCAGGGAGUGUCAAAACGGCCUCGGGCCCAUACCCUACAGGAGGGUCCUAUCACACCCAAGGAGCAGGUCGUCUCCUCUCCCGCGUUGUCCAACAAAUCAAGCGCACAGAAGAGCCAAGGCCCAUACGUCACUCCCCGAAAAGACCAUAAAGCUAUCAAUAUGCUGCGAGCGAACUCAUCCGAGGGUUUCGAUGUAACACCUGGCAGAUCUGGCACAACCCCAACCGGCUCCAAAUUCCUCGACGUCAAGGCACCGACAUCCGCUCCGCUGAAUAGCAAGAAGCAGCUUGACUUCAAUGCACUUUCGCAAGCGUCCCAGCAACUGAAUCAGAUGGGUCGUUCGCUCAAGUACGAGGGCCAGAAAAUGGAGCGUGAGAAAGGCAACAAGUUGAGCAAGGAGGACCAGAAGCGCGCGGCUGUCAUAGGGCUCGAAUGUGUCCUGUCAUACAUGACUGCUUUUUAUGCUGGAGACCUCCUCUCCCAAUCGCGCGGCCGUCCGGCAGAGGUCGAGAACACCUGGAAAACCCUAUUACCCCUUUGUGCCGCCUACGCCCGCCUUACCAAGGACUUCCAACACCUCGAUGGUAUCCGAAAUCACUUCGCGACUGUCAUUGCUGCUCACAUCUGCAUGCUCAUUGCGCCACGCGCUCCGAACCCAAAGGCUCAUGAUUCGCCUCAGGAUCCUCCUGAGCUGGUCAAACAGCAUACCCAAGUCAUCGCGAACUUUUACACGCUCUCCGACCACUACGUCAAACUCCUUCGACACGCGCAGGAUGCUAGAAUCGGCCUGCCGAUUGAAGACAUCGAGAAACAGUAUCAGAAGACCUGGGCUGGCAGAGAGAAGGACGCGAAGCUCGCCAAAGUCCCAGAGAGGGUGGACGGCGCGAGAUUUACCGGCCGAUACUUCCUCCCCAUUCAAGACGACACGACUCCGAUCCAGGCUGUACGAUUCGGCUUGAAGUUCCUCAGCGAGUACUGCGACAAAGAGCAGCUCGAUUACACCUUUCGCCUGCAACUCAAUAAGCUUGAGUGAGUGGCUUCACUUUCUAGAUCGAUAGAUCUCCCACACGACAUUUGUGCAUUUCCCCAUUUUCGGCAUAGCGGUUCCGGUACACGGCGUCUCUGGCUGUCCUCAUCUAUGAAUGGAUAACGAACGGUAUUCCCCUUCUCACGAC